AUGCACAACGGCCCAGUCUCUGGGAAUAUCAACACCAUCAACACUGAGUCUCGAUUUCGUGCACAAGUCGAAAACCUUCUCGAUGCCCAUGUCUUCGUACAAAUGGCACGAGGGCGCAGCUGCGCAGGGCUGGCCACUGGCGGAAACCUGCCAGCUGUGUGUUAUUGUCCCAGUACCGGCAAACCGGCCGCCGUCAAUAUCUCUGCGACUCGUCAAGUGGGGUUGGUCUCCGCCGAUCAGCCAGUCACCCAAAGCUCUGAUCAGAACGCACCGGGGGGGCACGCAAGCCCAGCGAAUGGUCUCGCCCUUUCUGAUCAGCCAUCGAGGAUCACCCUGCAACGUCCAUUGAUGGUGUGUUUCUCCACGUGGGUAAAGAGCAAGCAAGAAAAAAUCGAAGCUUUUUUGCUGUUUUAUCCCUCUCUUUGGUUUUCAGUCUCUGCAGGUUCGCGCACCGGGAUACAUGCCGGGCCAGUUGGAUUGUUUACUGUUACACGCGAGUUGCACACGCGACUCCUUGCUCAGGGCCGCAGGAACACUCAGACGUCAGCCUUGGGACAACUUAAUCGGCACAAAAGAGCCCCGUCAUCUGUUCGAGACGGAGUGCUGGCUUUCGAAGGGCUUCGAUGGCCGUGA